AUGCACCGCUUCACAGCCGACGAGUAUAAGCCAAACAUGGGUAACAUUGGCACGUCCUUUUUGUGUCAUAAUCUUGAGGUGGGUGGCAAGAACUUCGUAAUGGCGCUCUACGGCUUGAGUGGCUUGAAGAGCUACCUGUCUCUCAACACGGCGCUCUACCGCGGGGCGCAGGGGGCGAUGCUGGUCUACGACAUCACCAACCGCGAGUCGUUCGAGACGGCCAAGUUCUUUCUCUGGCAUCUGCGCGAGCAUCACGAUGGCGCCGUCGUGAUGCUGCUCGGGGAAAAGAGCGACCUGGAGGUCAGGCGAGCGGUCGCCACGGCCGAGGCCGAGGCCUUCAGCCAGGAGGAGGACCUCUACUUCAUGGAGGCUUCGGCUCUGGAGUCUACGAACGUGCAGGAGGCCUUCCUGAAGCUCUUGUCGGUGAUGAUUGCGAAGGCCGAGCGCGAGGACCCCUCCAUCAUGGCUGCACCUCCGACCGUAGAGCCUGGAAAACGCCCAGGCAAGAAGGGGUGCCAGGUCUGUUGAGGUUUAAUCUCUGAACCCCACUGCCACUCCCUAUCUCACUUCUACUACUCCCCAUCUCCGUCAUCAACUCACUCACCCACCAUUGGUGUAUCCAUCAACUCCAUCACAACUGGUAUAACCAUCAACUCACCCACUCACUACUGGUGUAAGUGUCGCGUCAUCGACAGGCAUUGUGUAUAGCGUCUUGUUAUAUAUACUUACCUGUAGUAGCAGACGCGUGUCCAUAGGGGGUGGUAACCCGGGAUGGGUAGGAUGAGCCGGGCAGUUGGGACACGAGGCUCUCCCAGCCCCAAGAGAGGGGUUGGGGGGGGGGGGUAUUCCAGAGCCCCCGAGAGAGUUCCAGAAGGAGGGCGUGGCCAGGGGCGGAGAGACCCUGGCACGACUAUAAAAGGCGGACCUCGGGACGAGUCCGGUAGUCUUUGUCAAGCUGAAGAAGAAGACCGGCUAGGCUAGGACCCUGGGAACCCCGGGACCCGAGGUCCUUGUAAGGGCCGGGGCUGUAGUGGGCCGGUGGUCGGGACCCGAAGACCUUGGCUGGGUCGGGUCAGAGAGCCUCCCCCUAGGUCCCCUUAGCCGGAGGAACGGGAGUGUAGUCCCAGUGAUUAGGGCACGCUAGCCCCGAGGCUGUACCUCCCCAGGUAUCGGGUAGAGGGGCCGCUACCCCUCUGUGUUAGGGACCCGUGUAUCUCACACGUAGCUAAUAAACGUGUUGCCUCAAGC